AUGGAAACUCCAGCCAUCGAACACGAUCCUCCAUCUGUGCCCGCCUCGCCUUCACCAAAGCGCUUCAAAUCAGUCGUCGCAUCGCCAGCGCCAGCACCAGAAGCCAUGUCUACCGCCGCUACUCAUCUCCCCCCAAUGAACCUCGAACCUCCGCCACCAGCCCUGCAGAUCAAGCUCCUCUCAGCGACAGCACGCGCUCCCACUCGCGGCAAUGGCAGAGUAGCCCCUCGUUCUGGACUUGCCGCUAAACACUCGAUCGAUGUUGGUGCUGGUGUCAUUGACGCUGACUACCGCGGUCCGCUUAAGGUCCUGCUGUUCAACCUUGGCGAGACCGACUUUGCCAUCAAUGAAGGCGACAGAAUUGCACAGCUGAUUAUCGAGAGGAUCUACACUCCUGAGGUUGUCGUGGUCGAGCAGCUUCCCGAAAGUGUACGCGGUGCUGGAGGCUUCGGCUCGACUGGCGGUUUUGCCAACAUGAUCCCUCCUGUCAACCCCUCUGCCAAUGGAGGCUCACCAAUCAACGGCCACUAG